UUGAAUUAGUUGGCGUUUACUCAGGACUUUUCUAUCAGUGAGAAAAUGGAGAGGAGUCUGUUGUUUAGGAUGUUGCAGAAAAGUUUACAUAGGUUGCUGUCUACACAUAUACCACUGUAGUUAUUUGGGUCGAAUAUGUCUCAGCUUUUCUCCAUCUCACUCUCUCUUACGCACACACACACGCACGCACGCACGCACACACAUACGCACGCACACACACACACACACACACAGACACUUUCUCUCUGUAUUACUAUACUUGUGAGGACCUUCUACUGACAGUGACAUAAUUAUCAAUGCAGGUAAUUACUGCUAUGUCUACACCUAAUUUCCUAUAAUUUUGGGGGACGUUUGAGACAUAAACACACACACACAGACACACACACACACACACACACACACACACACAAAGGGAAGCGGAAGGAGGCGGAGCAGUGCUGGUGUUUCUUUGCUUGGAGCAGCGCUGAUCGUGUUCACACUGACCGGCAGCAUGGCAGGAGAAAGCGAGGCCGAUCUGGAGCAGCGUGAACCCGAGCACACACACACCAUCCGACAGCCUUUCCUCAUCGGGGUGGCGGGGGGCACUGCCAGCGGAAAGUCAUCCGUGUGUGGUAAGAUUAUGGAGCUUCUUGGCCAGAAUAAAAUUGACCAUCACCAAAGGCAGGUUGCCAUCCUGAGUCAGGACAGUUUCUACAAGGUGCUUACCCCAGAACAGAAGGCCAAGGCUCUUAAAGGGCAAUUCAACUUUGAUCACCCAGAUGCAUUUGAUAAUGAGUUAAUAAUUAAGACUCUGUGGGACAUCAUGGAGGGAAGAACAGUUCAGAUCCCAGUCUACGACUUUGUAACCCAUUCCAGGAAGAAGGAAACGGUAACAGUGUACCCAGCUGACGUGGUGCUGUUCGAGGGGAUUCUCAUGUUCUACUCGCAGGAAAUCCGGGAUCUCUUUCAGAUGAAGCUGUUUGUCGACACAGAUGCUGAUACACGACUCUCACGCAGAGUCUUGCGAGACAUCAGUGAGCGAGGACGGGACCUGGAGCAGGUCUUAAGUCAAUAUAUCACAUUUGUUAAGCCUGCUUUUGAAGAGUUCUGCCUACCAACAAAAAAGUAUGCUGAUGUGAUCAUCCCAAGGGGAGCUGAUAAUCUAGUUGCCAUUAAUCUGAUAGUGCAGCACAUCCAGGACAUUCUGAACGGUGGCUUAACCAAACGACUGAACGGUUGUCUUAAUGGCCACACUACUCCUCGCAAGCGGCAGCCAUCAGAGUCAAGCAGCAGGCCACACUGAUAUGCCCUACAAGGGAACCAGAGAAGAGUGGCAAUGGACAAGGGACUUGAAGGGGGGUUGUGUGUAUAUAUAUACACUGAUGAUUUGCAAACUGUAUUUAAAAGAAAAAAAAUCAAGAAAUGCCUUCUCUGACUUGCUACAGUGUUAUUGUUUUGUCUUUUGUUUUUCAAAUGACUGCUGCACUUAAUUGUGAGGGGAAAAUUUUCCUUGCUGAAAACAGUUGGUCAAAGCUAUUUUGCCUGUCCUAUUAAUUUGCAUUGGCAUAUUUUAUCCAUCUGGCCCUAGAUUAUGAGUGUUUCUAAAAAUAAUAAGACCGUACGGGUCACUUCAGAAUUUGCCAAAGGGACAUAGCUGGUAAAGACCUGCACUGACUUGAAUAAAAAAAACAAAACACAGCAUAUUUUCACGAUUAAAGUACAACUUCUGCCUCUGUUGUAAUAUUAUUGCCUCUAAAGCAUUUUCAGCUCCUCUGCUGUAUGUUAGUGUUUAUUCCAAGAGCAAAGUGACUUUAUUCAAAAGGAGUGAUGCCUUUUUUUUUCUUUAAUUCCUUCAUUUUUGCUAACAUCCAUCUUCAUUAUUCGUAGGUCAGGGCUUGUAUUGUAUCUUGCACUGUAAAAUAAAGCUCAGUGGCAUGUUAUGAACAGUAUGUUAACAUGACAGAGAUGCUUACGUACAGACAAAGAAAAGUUUGGAUGUUCUCCAGGUCCUAUGCAGCAUGUUCAAAGACAGACUCUCUCAACACACCUUAAAGUAUAUGCAGAUUCAGUAAAGAAACCAAGAACUUGUAUGGCUGUCCUUGAUCUACUGUAUUCAAUGUAGUGUUUUGACACCUUUCAAACAACACUAAGAGGCAGAUGAUAAAUUGCAAAAAUACUGAUUUUAUUUAAUAGAAUUUGUUUUUACAGAUAAUUCUUGAGUUAUAUUUAUUGUCAGCUGCAAACAUAAAGCACACAUUACGAUGGGACGCCACUCAGUAUGUAUUGUAUGGAUUUUAACCCAACAAAUUUUGCCACACAAUCUAUUUUGUCAUUUUGCAGAAGGAAACAACACUUUCAGUUUUCUCUCUAACUCAGGAUCCCAUGUUCAUGCAUGGGAUUUAUGCAGGGACUCAUGCAUUGGACCAGUGACUUUUCUUCUUCAUUUUCCUUUUAUAAGGGCUCAUCAAUACCGAACCUCUUUUGAGAAUAUAAUCCUGUCCUAACUAUAACAGAUUUUGUAUCUCUUAUGUUUCAUAUUUAUUAUUUUUCAAAAUCUACUUUAAAAUUACUCUCAGAAAUGAAUCAGUACUGUAGAUGGUCUUACAUUGUCCUUUCUGUCCUGGCAUACUGUACAUUUCUUCCACUUUUUGUUCCUGCUACAUCUACACCGACACUGCUGCUAUGGUACAGGGUAAUUCGUAAAUGGCUGAACAGUGUAAUGAAAGUGUAUAAUCAAAUUGAGGUGGUUGUCUAAGCCAGUGAAUUUAUAUUUAAUUGUUAUUUUAGGAAGCUGCAGUUCAAUAAAAAAAAAGUGAAUUAGAUAGAGAAUUGUGGUGUUAAAAGAACGGUUUGGUCUGUCCCCAUUAAAUACAAGUUGUGUAAAUAACUGUUCUUUUGACAUUGUUUAUGUUUUAUGUAUAAACUUUAAUGUCAUGACACAAAUCAGUAUGUUCUGAUAUUAAUCAUGAAUUUGCAACUGCCUCCUGGUGGACUGUGCUGCUUCUACUCACAAGUACUAAUGCAAAAAACACAUACCUUAAUGAUAUAUACCUGUGGUUGAAUCGGUGAAGUCUCUCAGACACCAGCUGUAAUAAACUGCAAUAUGCCUUAUAACAAUUUCAAUUUCACCACUUUGCAUUUUUAUUUCAAAUUAUGCAGACCAGAGAAUAAUUUUAUUUCAGUUUGAUUUCAUUAUGGGGUAAUCAAUUUCUGUGGUAUAACUUUUUGUUAGUUGUUCUUGGGAAAUGCAUUCUUUGACAUAUUUGUGUGCUUUUUUUCAGAAUAUGUACAACUGUAUGUAUACUUGUCGAUAUCAUCAAACUGGAGAUGUAAUGAUUCAGAAAGUUAAGAAGCUUGCAAACUUUUUUUUAAUUUUUUAAAAUUUAUUUAUUAUUUUUUUUAUGGACCAGGUAUGAUAGCAAUGCAAGUUAAAAGAUAAGAGGCACUGUUUUGAUGAAGGAUUAUAAAUAUGUGGUUCUGCAGCAAGUAAAUGAUAUUAAUAGAUAAUGGACAGUAUUAGAUUAAUCAUGAGAGAUAAGUUGGGUCAUGCGUUUGCACUUCUUUGUAAUCGUCUCAGUGUUUCACAAUGUACUGCAAUUUAAAUAAACGAAUAAACAGAGAUAAGAUGGACGAUUAAAUAAAAUUUUUGUACUAUACGUUGUAUU